UUUGGCAGCGCUGCUCGUGCAGGCUCUCCUUUAAGCGAUGGGGGUAGCGGAACUUUUCGGAAGAUGAUCACAACUUUGUACGUCGCAGCGACUGCCACAUCAUUCAGUUCAGGGACAGCAAAAUGCACACGGUUCUAAUACUUUUAAGCUCACUGGCGACAUGCUGGAGCGUCCCAAGAUGUUCUCCGGAAGAAGCAGCUAUGGGAAGAUGCAGAACACCUGCAGAAAACAGGCCACAGUGUAUGGAGAUGGUGCUUGGUUACUGUCAGGAUGUGCCCUACAGCCACACCAUGUUCCCCAACAUCGUGGGCCAUCGAUCACGGCAGGAUUUAGAGAUGGGUGCAGAGUACCUGCUCUUGAGCGUGAUCCACGGCCUACUGAAUGGAGAGUGUUCUCCAGACAUCCGUCUGUUGGGCUGCUCAGUGUUGGCUCCCCGUUGUCGAGAUAACAAGUUAAUGAAGCCGUGCCGCAGCUCGUGUGAAAUGGUGAAAAAGAGCUGUAUUCAUGCCUUUGAGGCCAUCCAAAUGGCAUGGCCUUACUUUCUGGACUGUGACCGAUUCUUUGUUGGCGAAGAGGAGGGCUGUUAUGACCCAUUGUCAGAGUUAAGAGAAAAGCAGGAAGUGGCCUUUGCCAACAUAUCUGAUAGUGGUUUUUUCACUAUCAUUCAGUUCACUUACCACACCAACUCUCAGAUGUUCAGCAUCCUGAAGAAGACGGCAUCAAAAUGCUCUGACAUCUCACAAACAUACAGCAUUGGGCGCAGUGUGGAAGGAAAAGACUUACUGGCUAUUGAAUUCUCCAGUAAUCCUGGACAACAUGACCUAUUGGAGCCAGAGAUCAAAUUAAUUGGGAACAUGCAUGGAAACGAGGUUCUCGGCCGGCAGCUGCUGAUUUACCUGGCUCAGUAUCUGUGUUCUGAGUAUCUGCUGGGCAAUGAGCGGAUUCAGACCAUCAUCAACACCACACGCAUCCAUAUCCUACCCUCCAUGAAUCCUGACGGCUAUGAGAUUGCCGCUUCUGAGGUAGCCGAUAGGAACGACCCCGAAAACAUCAACCAGGAAGGUCAUGAGUACAACGGGUGGACAAGCGGUCGGGCCAACGCACAGAAUCUCGAUCUGAACCGCAACUUCCCUGACCUCACCUCCAUCUUCUACAAUCGCCGUCGCUUCAGACAUUUCCGUAGCCACCACAUCCCAGUCCCUGAGUCCUACUGGUUAAAUAAGGUGGUUGCACCAGAGACCUAUGCUGUAAUGAAGUGGAUAAGAUCCUAUCCUUUCGUUAUAUCUGCCAGUCUUCAUGGUGGAGAACUGGUCAUCUCAUACCCUUUUGACUUCUCUAGACACCCUCAGGAGGAAAGGAUGUUCUCCCCCACACCAGAUGAACAAAUUUUUAGGCAGUUGGCUAGGACUUAUGCAGAUGCCCAUGCCACUAUGUCCAACAAUGACACAGAGAGAUGUGGAGCCUCAUUUGCCAAUAAAGGAGGGAUAACCAAUGGAGCACAGUGGUAUAGCUUUGCUGGAGGUAUGUCAGACUUUAACUACCUGCACAGUAACUGUUAUGAGAUCACUGUGGAGUUGGGCUGUGAUAAAUUCCCCUCUGAAGAGGAGCUCUAUCCUGAGUGGCUCAGGAAUAAGGAGGCGCUGCUCAGCUUUAUGGAGUUUGUCCACAGAGGUAUAAGGGGCAUUGUGAAGGAUGAACAUGGAAAUGGCAUAAAAGGAGCUACGAUAUCUGUUAGAGGGAUGCGACAUGACAUCACUACCGCUGUGGAUGGUGAUUACUGGAGACUGUUGAACCCAGGUGUCCACAUUGUGACUGCUGCUGCCUCCGGCUACUCUAAAGUAUCUAAGCGCAUUCAUCUGCCAAGGAACGUACAGGUGGGCCGGGUGGACUUUGUGCUAAAGAAGGUCCCACGAGAACCCUCUCUUGACUACUUUAACAUCCCUGAGCUGGACAACUAUGACCGUUUUGACCCAUUUAAUCAGUUUGAGCAGUCCAGCCCGAGGGUGCGGGGAGAGGAUGGGGAGGAGAGGACUGAGAAGCCCUGGUGGUGGGCUUAUUUCAGCCAGUUAGGCGUUUCUGCACCUACCUGGCUCCUGCGGAACUACUAGGGACCCUCCGGACAUCAUUGGAGAGCAACCUGAUACCUAACUGUUUGCACCCAUGCCUUACUUGAUGAUGGUCAUUGUGUUGAUAACAUUAUCUCCUUAUUACAUGCAAAAUGUGCAGCUAACCACUGGGUAUGGUAAAGGCUUUACUGCUAUUGCAUUUUAUAGACUACCAUCAAACAUUUGGAAUAAGUACUUUUUUUAUAAAGAAGUCUCUUAUGUUCACCAAGGCUGCAUUUAUUUGAUCAAAAAUAUGAAAAUCUGGAAUCUGAGGGUGCAAAAGUUGUCCAAAUGAAGUUCUUAUCAAUGCAUAUUACUAGUCAAGAGUUACGUUUUAAUAUAUUUACUGUAGGAAAUAUAUUAAAUAUAUUAAUGGAACAUGAUCUUUACUUUAUAUCCUAAUUAUUUUUGGCAUAAAAGAAAAUCUAUAAUUUGGACUCAUACAAUUAUGUAUUGUUGGCUAUUACUACAAAUAUACCUGUGUUACUUAUGACUGGUUUUGUGGUCCAGGGUCACAUAUUAUACAGCAACAAACUGUUUUUAACAUUGAAUAAGUGUUUCUUGAGCAUCAAAUCAACAUAUUAGAAUGAUUUCUGAAAGAUCAUGUGGCACUAAAGAUUGGGGUAUGAUGCUGAAAAUUUAGCUUUGCCUUCGCAAUAAUAAAUUACAUUUUAAAAUAUAUUACAGUUAUAUAUAUAUUUUACAUUAACGGUUAUUUUAAUAAUAGUAAUAUUUCAUAAUAUUAUUACUAUUAUUAUCAUUUUAUAAUAAUUGCUUUGGUGUGCAUAAGAGGCGUAUAAAAAAAAAAAAGAUAGACUUAUUCCAAACUUAGUGCGUUUUUGGCUGAUAUAACCUUAUCAGAAUUCACCAUACAGGUAAGAGAAAAAUAUAUUGUUUUCUCUAUUAUUUUUAUCCAGCACUAGAUCAAAUCCCGCAACUGCAGCUAUAAACAGCUUAUUCUGAUUCUGAAGUUUGGCAGCUAGACAUGGGAUGGAUACCAUUGCAUAAUAAAUAGUAAAUGAUAGCAUUGCUAUUGUUUUACAGUCUGUUAUCUGUUAUCAGGGCUUUUUCUAUCUUUUUCUAGCACAUCGGGGAAGAUUAGUGCCUUCAAGGCUGUCAUCAAUUUGGUAAAUGUACAGUUCUAAUUAAACCAUAAUAACAAGGUGUGUCAACCCCCUUUUUUUUGCUGAUAUAUAAUCCUUGAAACAUGGACUGGACAUCAGGUGUGCUAGAUAAAUAAAAGAACAAACUUCUGUGCAAUUUCAGAUUUUUUAAAAACAUUCCAUUUAGUGUACAUUAGAACUCAAAUUCCUAAUCGCAGCAAGAAGAUAAUAAAAAAAAAUUAAAGGGAUAGUUCCUAUAAAUGAAAAAUCACAUUGUGAUGGUGGUAUUUAUAUUUUAAAUACCGAAUAAAUAAAAUCUUUCAAAUUAUGCAAAUGAUGGAGUAGACAUUACAUACACUGCUGUGGUUCGAUGCAUACAAUCUAUAAAAUAAGUGUUAAUCAAA